CUCUCCUCCUCCGCCCUCUCUCUCUCUCCUCCGCCUCUCUCUCUCCAUCCUCUCCUCCGCCUGCCUCCUCUCGUCCUGCAGAUGAACAGACAGACAGGUGGAGCUCCUCCAGCCGCAGGUUUGGUUCCGGUUUUUUUCUGUUUCAGCUGAUCGUGUUGAUGCACGCGACACGUUUCAGACCUCAGAUCAGAUCGAUUCUCUUUAAAUCCCGACAGACAGACUGAGAGAGAGACAGACAGGCAGGCAGGCAGAGAGAGAGACAGACAGACAGACAGGCUGCUUCAAAACGGUAUUUGUGCGCGCGCGUGCGUGUCAUCAGUAAACAACCCGGAGGUGAUGAUGUCACCGUGUUUAUGUUUGCUGUAAUAAUAUCAGCUGCUCUGCAGUGAGUUAAAGCCACACGUUGAUUAUUCUUUAUAUUUAAUAUAUUGAAUUGUCAGAGUGGUUUACUUGUUCUUGUACUUUAACUUUACAGAUUCUGAUUUACAUAAAAACAUCAGUUUAUAAAAUGCAACAUGUUGUUCAGCUGAUCCAGAGACAUUUCUCCUCUGACGCUUAUAACGUGAGCAGGACUUUUACAUGGUUGUUGGUACUUUUAGUAAAGUAAAUCUUAAUGUUGUAACGUGCUCUGCUGACCUGUUUGUACUUUUAUUAUUAUUUGUUAUUAUCAUUAUUAUUUUUUAUCUUGUUUUUAAUGUUGUACAGCACUUUGGUUCAGCUUCGGUUGUUGGAAGGUGCUAUAGAAAUAAAGUUUGAUUGAUUGAUUGAUUGAUUGAUUGAUUGAUUGAUAAAAGAUCUGAGCUGACUCAUGUCAACUUCCUACAGUAUUUGAUACUUAAAGGGGACGUGUUGUGCUCAUUUCAGCUCUAUAUUUUUAUUCUGCGAGUCCACUAAAGAUCCUGAUUUAUCUUAUACUGGCCCUUCAUGCAGCGCCUCAGUUCAUCCUGUCUGAAACAAGCUGUUUUAGCUCCUGUCUCUUUAAGCCCCCCGCCAUAAAAGCCCACUUUCUUCUGAUUGGCCAGCUCCCCGGAAGCCUGCCGAGGGGCAGCGAGCCGCUGUAACCAGGACUGAGCUCAGCCCCGACAAAACGCAGCAAAACGUUCAUUUAAAUGGAAACGGUGGCGCCUUGAACGCCCUGUUGUAACACUGCAGUGUUUAUAUACACGUCCGUGCUGAUUGGGUAGCACCUCUGACACACCCACCAAACGAGAGAAAACGUACCUGAAAGCCUGUAGCACAAUGAGUUCAGACUGAACGCGCCCCAGUUCUCUUUAUACACCCAGUGCUGUGAGCCGCACACCGCCGGAGGGAAGUGUUUCUGGGAGACAAAAACACAACUUUAUAACUUUGUUCACUGAUCCUGGGGAAACUGGAUCAUAUUUAUGGAGAAAAUAUUUUCUGGUUUUCCCUCUGAUGUCCUCCGGCUGCUCUGCCUCAACUCUCUCUGAGUUUUCUGAUGAACUGAUGGCUUUAAAGUAACUGCUGCUGAUUGUAGCUGCUUUCAGCUAGUUAGCUCAGUUAGCCGUGCAGCUAGCAGUCCUUUUAGCUUCGCUGACUCUGCCCAGAUCGGGCAGGAGUGCUGGUGUUUACACCACUAGCACAGGAGCUUUGGACCGGCAGGAUGAGGUUUUCAGGCCCAGGCUCUGAUCUCCCAGUCAGCUAGCUAAUGGGACCGCUAGCUGCAUGGCUAACUGAGCUAACGGUGGUUGGCAAUGGUUAGCAGUUACUUUAGCAAAAAAUAAAGAUAACUGUCCAUCAAGAAACUAACUUUCUUUCACAACCGAUAAAGCACUUUCCUCGAGACAAGUCCUGAGUGUCGCAUAGCCAGACCCAUCUCCACACUUUAGUGCUAUGAGCAGAGCGGUCCAAUACUGAGCGGGUGGAUGGGCGCGGCCCUGUACUUCGUGGGCGUGCUGUGUGGGCGGUGACUGUACAGUUGUGACAUCACAACCUUAUGGAAGUCCUGACGGCUCGUUUAAAGGCACAGUUUCUGAAUACGGGCUGUGUGCAUUUCUCCGUGGAUUGAGCGUUUUGAUACUUUCACAGUAUUUAUAAAGCGCCUAGAUCUGCUUUAUUAUCAAAAAAGACAUGGAAGUCUCACUUUCUACAAUAUGGGACCUUUAAGUCUCCUUUUAAAACAUUGCCAAAUGUUUAUGUUUACAUCACAGAGGGAGGUGGGGAGGAGAGCUGAAGGGGAGGCAAAGAUACUGCAGGAGGUGGAUCUGUGUCAGAAACCUCCCUCCUCCUCUUAGAGUCCUAACUCCGUCAGGUCUGGACUCACAGACAUGAAACUCACAUCGAAUCGUUCAGUGCGACUCACACUUCCAGAUGUGAUCAUCGUCUCUGAUGCCCGUCCAGAAUAAACGUCCAGAAAUCCACUGAGACGCCAGAGAAGAAAGCGGCUGCAGAACCUGCCUGAGAAUCCUGCUGUUUCUAAGUUUCCUUCAGUCUCACAGUGAUCCAGAGACAGCUGUCUGUCCGUCCACGGGUCCACUGCAGACAGGAGCUGCUGACUGGUUCGGCUGCUCUGACGGGACAGUCUGACUGCAUGUGAACAAAUGCUAAAAAAACGGGUCUGAAACAAGAUGAAACAUGACCCACAUACGGAUUUAAAUCAGACCAGAGAAGUCAUGUCGGUGUCGCCCGCCCUCGUCGACCUCUCUCGUCUUUAUCAGACAGAGUUUGUUCGGAGCGCCCGGGCGGUUGGCGUCCUCUGGGCCGUCUGUACGCUCUGCUUCGCCAUCAUCCAGGUGGUUGUCCUGGUGCAGCCGUCCUGGAUCGGCACUGGAGACACCCGCCAUCAGGGGGUGGGACGGGCCCCGCCCAGCGGCACCCUGGGACUAUUUGAGGUGUGUGUGGAGUCGGACUGGCCGGUCCCGGACUGUCGCGGUGGUCUGUCCAGUCUGUCUCCUCUGCCGUCCUUCCAGUCGGUGGCGGUGUUGGUGGGAGUGUCUCUGUGGGCGGUGUGGACCAGCGUCCUCUGUCUCUGUCUCUUCAGGUUCUGCAGCGCUGCAACCGUCUACAAGAUCUGUGCAUGGCUGCAGCUCACUGCAGGUUUCUGUCUGGCGUUGGCUUGUCUUCUGUUUCCAGACUCGUGGGAGAGUCCAGAGAUGAGAGCUCUGUGUGGAGACUCUGUGGGAAGUUUCUCUCCAGGUAACUGUUCAGUCCACUGGGCCUACAUCCUGGCCAUCUUGGGCGUUCUGGAUGCCGGCAUCUUGGCCACGUUGGCCUUUGUCCUCGCCAACAGACAGGAUGCCCUGCUGCCGCCAGACGCCAAGGACGUGACCACAGGUCUGCUGAUGUCAGCGUAGAGUCACCAGGGGCGGUUGGUCUUCACUUCUCCUCCUUCUGAUCUGUCCAUCCUUAAUCAUCACCAUCAUCCUCAUUAGAGGAGAUAAAUAUCAAAACGAGCCAGAAGAAGAACACGACAUUCCUCCUUCUCUCCUCUCAUCAUCACCUGGUUUCCUGGCAACCAUCUCCACCUUAAUGUUGUCACGGUGAGGAAAGAAGGAUAAAGAGGAGCGGGAAUUAAAAGAGUGAGUUCAGAAAGAAAAGCAGACGAGAAAAGAGGAAAGAAACGACAGUAAAGGUGCAGAACACAGGAUAUAUUGUAGUGAUACAGUAGGUCUAUAUGAACAUUAGUAAAGUGUGUCCAUAUGUUCAAUUAAGAACAUCUUACCUGUGUCACAGCUUGCCUGGCGGUUUAGUGUCCCGCAGUAUUGUGUCUGUGUUGAUGUGUUGAGGCAGGAAGCUUUGGACAGGAUUUAGAGACUCUCUGCAUCUCCAGCAUGAAUAACAUAAAGUUCAAAUGCAGUUCUGAACCAACGGCAGCACUUUAGAAGUGUGGUACUGUCAUGAGACUGUACUGACGAUGUGUUUGUCCCGAUUAUUAAAGUACUACAUCUUCUUUUCUUGUUACAUUUUGGCAUAACGUCACUUCUUUUAUAGCAGGCUAUAUAUUUUGAUAUGUUUGUCCAACAUUAUAUUCAUGUUCCCAGAGCUAUGCAAGUGUGAAGGUAGGAAGGGGAGAGAGGAGGUGGUAUGAUGGGGAAAAAAAUAAAAGAGGAGGGAUGGAAAGGAGAGCUUUCAUUUAGUUCUCCGUUAUCUGUCAGCAUCUGCAGCGACGCCACAAACAGAAGCACAACAUGUUCUAUAAAAUCAUCUUCUGUGAGUUUAAAACAUGUCGACAUUAAAUCUGAACCUCAAAGCAGCCGUCUGAGAUUUGAGUCAAAUCCUCUUGGAGUCGGAUGUUUCAGUCUCAUCUCUGUUUAGCUUAGCUUAGGAACUUCAAAUCUGUCUGAUUUACAUGUUGUGCCUUGUUGGCUUAGUCCACUUAGCUUAGAGUUAGCUUCUGAGUCAAGUUAGUAUAGAGUUAGCUUCAGGUCCAUUUGAUUUUUGGGUCCAUUUAGCUUAGAAUUAGCUUAAGAUCCAUUUAGCAUCUGGGUCCACUUAGCUUAGAUUUAGCUUGUAGGUCGAGUUAGCAUAAAGUUAUCUUUGGGUCCACUUAGCUUUGAAUUAGCUUAAGAGCCAGUUAGCCUCUGGGUUCUACUUCCAGUAUUUGUGCUAAGCUAGGCUAGCAGUUUCCCUGUGAUUCCAGUCUUUGUGCUAAGCUAGGCUAAACACUGAUAAAACUGAUAUCCAUCUGAAACAUCUGACUCUGGAGAAAACACAGAACAAGAAUAUUUUACUAAAAUCUCAGAGUUUCCUGUCAGCAUGACCUUUGACCUUUGAAGCACAAAACAAAGUAGCUUGUGCAGUUUUUCCCUUCAGUGAGUCUUCCAGGCUGUUUGUUGUUUAUUAGAUAAUGUUGCCUUGAACUGAGUGUUUCUGCCUGUUAGCUUCAGUUUAACAGUUAGAAACUUUCAGUCUGUACUAAAUGUUGUUUUCAUAGAGCAUGUGUAGGUGUAGAACUACAUUUAUCAACAUAUAGCAUCUCACAAUCUGGACAUUUACAAGUUUUUAAAUUUGUUUAGUUAAAUGUAAAAGUGAGAGGCCACAUGACGUCGCUGUCCAGUGAAAACCACAUAUCUCCAUUUUUUCAAGUUUAACUUUCCAGAUAUAAACUUAAGAAUCAAAUGUUCUUUUAUCGGCGAGAAAAUUCCAACUUCUUAAGUGAAAAAAUAAUUUAAAAAACAAAUUUAAUUAUCUGAGAAAUAUAUUGUCACUAAGGUGAAAACCUUAGCUUAUGAAAAGCUUUUUGAGAUACAUGGUUUUUACAGGACAGUAACGACGAUUUGUCAGAUCAAACUGUUAAAUACAAAUGAUUAAAUUAAUUAAUAAAAUGAUGUAACCGUGGCAACAUUUUACUGAGUGCCAAAAAGAAAUCAGCAAACAAUAGAAAUGUCUUCAUCGGGGUCAAGCGCGAAAACAAGUUGCCAUGGUUACAGUGGCGUGGGCUUAUUAGCUUGACUGUUACGUUUUGAACGAGUCAACACGACACAAACGGAAGCUGAAAAUUGUCUCUAAUGUGUCUCCGUACAGUUUAACCUCAAAAGAAAACGAAUCAUUUUAUAAAGUUUGUUGUUUGUACUUACAGAAUGUUUCCUGCAUGUCAGAACAGAUGUACAGUGACAGUAACAUAAACAGUAUUUAUGUAUGUUUGUGUGUUAAUGUUUUUAUUCACGUGUGAGAAUAAAUUAUAGAUUUGA